AUGAGAGUCAACAACGUGGUAACAAAGAUGAAGGCAGGAGAAAUGGCUUACGGCUGCGGCUUCUCGUUCUCAUCGCCAACGCUCGUCGAGCUUGCCGGGCGAGCGGGCUUCGACUUCGUCUCCUUCGACAGCGAGCACGGUCCCUUCACCAUAGACCUGCUCGACGACCUCUGCCGUUUCGCGGACAUGGCCGGAAUGACGCCGAUGGCGCGCGUGCCGGACAUCGAGCACCCCACCAUCCUGCGCUUCCUCGACAGGGGAAUCAUGGGCAUCACAGGCCCCCACAUCGUCAAUGGCGACAGGGCGCAACAACUCGCCGACGCCUGCCGCUAUGUGCCGCGUGGUCAUCGCAGCUUCGGCUCGGGGCGCGGCGCAUACUUCAGCGACUUCCCCUCCGGCCCCGAUUACAUGGCGCACACCAACGACAACAUCCUCGUCAUAGCGCAGCUUGAAGACAUCGAGGUGCUGGACAACAUCGACGACAUUCUGUCGGUCGAGGGCAUAGACCUGUUCGCGUCCGGCGCGCAGGACAUCGCGCAGUCGAUGGGAUUGCAGGGACAGCCGAACCAUCCGGACGUGCAACAGUUCGAAGCGACGGUGCGGGACGCAGUUCACGCCGCAGGCAGGCAGAUGGCGGACGAUGUGAUGACCUCAAUGCGCGCCGACCGCUGCUUCCUCGACGGCGCGCGGGCGUUUAUAUCUGGACAGAGCUAA